AUGGGUCCCGACUAUGCGAACCUAUUCGACGGCUAUGUUGAGGCCCAAACAUUCUCACAGUACAUUAGUCCUAUUCCUGAGCUAAACAGUCAUUGUAUUGAUGAUUGUAUCGGUGGUGCGACCUCACCUCCCGCAAACAUAUUGAUUCCUACGUCUCCUUCGUUCAACCCUUCCAUCCUGCCCUCGAAUUCUCCUGCACUGCCUCCAACUCCUCCUCGAUGUUUCUGUUAUUAUAGACCACUACGCUCUCACCACCUCCAUCUACUACAAAUACAGCUCUGCAGUGAUGACCAUGAGUUUAAGACUCAACUCAUGGCUCGCCACUUCACUGGUGUAACGUCAAAUCCACCGAAGAUUCUUCAAUUACACGUCCAGUUGGAUAUUCGAAUGAGAUUCGCUACCACGCAAAUGACAAGUUUGGUUGCCAAUAAUAAGAAAUAUUCUCAAGAAAUCACCUUUAACGUCAAAUUACCAGAAGCGGCGUUUAUAUCCGGUUUCAAAAUGGUAAUCGAUGGUGUUGAAUAUCCAGGUGAAGUUAAGGAAAAGGAAGAAGCUAGAAAGGUGUACGAAGAAGCCAAACGGAAAGGUCAAAGUGGUAGUUAUGUCGCCAAAAAAGAUCGAGGUACAAACCAAUUCAAAGUUAAUGUCAACGUUGCUGCUAUGAAAAACGUGACGUUUGAACUUCGAUACCAGGAGUUGUUAAGACGAAAAUUUGGUUUGUAUGAACAUACUAUCUACGUGAACCCCCAGCAACCUGUUCAAGAUCUAAUGAUACAAGUUUAUAUAGAAGAAUCUCAAAAAAUUCGUAUUCUGCAAGUUCCACCUUUUCGCCCAGAAAAUUCACUAUUCAGUGAGAUACCAGAGUCAGCGACCAAUGCAGAUGCACUUAUUUCGCGCCCUUCAUUAAAUACAGCUGAAAUUACAUACAGAAAACAAGUGCAAGGACAUAUGCUGGAUCACAUGUUUGAAAUCAAGUAUGACAUUGCCCGACGCAAACAGUUCGGUGGUGAUAUAUUGGCUAUGAAUGGCUAUUUUGUCCACUUCUUUGCACCGGCUGAACUGGGAACAAUCCCCAAGGACAUUCUUUUUAUAUUGGACACAAGCAGCUCGAUGAAGGGACGUAAAAUGGAUCAAGUGAAGCGUGCAAUGAAAUUUAUCAUGCAUGACUUAGUAGAAGGUGAUCGCUUCAACAUCAUGGAUUUUAACGUGAGAACACUUUUAUGGAAACCUUCUCUGCAACCUUGGAAUAAAAAAACUAUCAGAGGUUCUUUGGCGUGGGUUAUUCAGAGAGUGGCAGAUGGAGGUACUGAUAUCAAUCGUGCGCUUUUAGAUGGGCUCGAUUUUAUGUCACCUGUCUCGAAUACAGAAGGUCGAUCUCCAGUAAUCGUGUUUUUAACUGACGGCGAACCCGUAUCUGGUGAGACUAACCACAGUAUUAUCCUGCGCAAUGUGAUUGAAGCUAACCGGGAAAAAAUUCCUAUAUUUUCUCUGGCUUUUGGUGCCGACGCUGAUUUUCUCUUACUUGAGAGAAUAUCUCUACAGAACUAUGCCGUAGCCCGACAGAUCUAUGAAGCAUACAAACCUGAAUUGCAGCUGAAAACUUUUUACAAUGAAAUAACUGCUGCAUUGAUGACAGAUGUAAAAUUCAAAUACUUUGGUAAUGUUGAUAGCGACACGCUAACCAAUAAUGUGUUCCACAGAUAUUUCAACGGUACAGAAGCGGUAAUAGCUGGGAAAUUGACGGAUAAGGACGCUUCGAGAAUUACAUGGAACAUUGUUGGCACCACAAGUUCUGGCGAUGUUGAUGUUGGAGAAACAACUGAAGCGCUCCAAUUGUCUGAUAAAGCGAAAAGAGAAAGCUUGUUGUCUGAUAAAGACAUAAAACGCAUUCUAGAGAAACUGUGGGCAUAUCUGACAAUCAAGCAGAUUCUAGAUCAAAUGACUGCCAGUGGGAACCAAACGGAGAAAGAUGAGUUGAAAAAUCGUGUGAUUGAACUAUCGCUAAAGAAAUUAGGCGUCAUUUUCUCGGAGAGGUGCGGUUCUUAUGGUGAUCCCCAUUUCUUUGUGAAACUGAAAAACGUGACUUUCCCUGUAUGUUACAAAAUGCCCGCAAAAGCAGGAAGACUAAUGACGUUAAUAUAUGAUCCAGUAUUAAAAAUCAAUGUAUCGGCGAAAAUAAUGGAGGGUACAGGAAGUUAUAAGCCCGGUCGUCCAAACAGGACAUACAUCGGUAAAGUUUAUAUUAAAACUGCCGAUGUAGAAAUAAUGAUAGCAACGCACCAGAUAGUAUUCAACGGUAAACGCCUGAUUUGGAAGCAUGAAGCAGAUAUCGCCUUUGCUGGAGCAUCUUGCGAAGUGAAUGGAAAAGGAACGCUUGUGGAAAUAGAAAUUAAUCCUGGUUUAACGUUUCUUAUCAGACGGAACUUACACGCACGUAUGGGACCUAAAUAUGGUUAUUUAGAUUUCUUUCUCAUGGACGACAAAGGAUUCUCUCCAAAAGUAUCUGGAGUUAUUGGUCGUUUCAUUGCAAUGACGGGUCACCUUAUGAAGGAACACAAAACUUCAAAAGAUAAAACCGAAGCAAGGUUGAAAGUUACGAAACCGAGAAAACAUUACAAGCGAUCUGUUCACACAUUCCUGCAACUUAAACCAGAAAAGAGACAUUUAUCAUUGCCAUUCUUGAUUAAACAAGGGCGAUUGAUUAGCAAAAGCUUUAGAACUUCCCAAAAAGUCUUUCGUGGUAUUUGUUCUAUGUCUAUGUUACUCCGCUUUUCAUCUUUUGGAGAGAAGUGGAAUGCGUUUGAUGCAUUUGAUGCAUUUGAUCUGCUUGUUCUGGGCAAACAACAACAAAAACAAAUUAGUGCCAAUGAAAUCGCGGGUUCUCUUUCAAACGGCGCGGCCAAUUCCUUAGAAAUCGGUUUACUUAUAUCAGCUUUUAAAAUCAAUGUGACCACACAACAAGUUUUCCAAAAUCUACGGGCUCGCUGUCUAUGGACUGUAGCCUCUACAAACAUCAAUCCUAGAUAUUUAUCGGUUUAUACCACAUGUUCACCAUGUUUGAUUUCUCAUAAGAUCUUUGUUGAUAACGAUACGCUAACCAAUGAUGUGUUCCACAGAUAUUUCAACGGUACAGAAGCGGUAAUAGUUGGGAAACUGACAGAUAAGGACGCUUCAAGAAUUACAUGGAACAUUGUUGGCACCACAAGUUCUGGCGAUGUUGAUAUUGGAGAAACAACUGAAGCGCUCCAAUUGUCUGAUGAAGGCAGAAGAGAAAGCUUGUUGUCUGAUGAAGACGUAAAAAGCAUUCCAGAGAAAUUGUGGGCAUAUCUGACAAUCAAACAGAUUCUAGAUCAAAUGACUGCCAGUGGGAACCAAACGGAGAAAGAUGAGUUGAAGAAUCGUGCGAUUGAACUAUCCCUAAAGUAUAAGUUUGUGACUCCGGUAACGUCGAUGAUUGUCGUAAAACCAGACAAGAAAGAAAAUGUUGAUGAGGUCAUUGCAGAUGAGCCUGUUGAAAAACGCAAAAUCAAUGUGACAGCGAAAAUAUUAGAAGGUACAGGAAGUUAUAAACCCGGUCGUCCAAACAGGACAUACAUCGGUAAAGUUUAUAUUAAAACUGCCGAUGUAGAAAUAAUGAUAGCAACGCACCAGAUAGUAUUCGACGGUAAACGCCUUAUUUGGAAGCAUGAAGCAGAUAUCGCCUUUGCUGGAGCAUCUUGCGAAGUGAAUGGAAAAGGAACGCUUGUGGAAAUAGAAAUUAAUCCUGGUUUAACGUUUCUUAUCAGACGGAACUUACACGCACGUAUGGGCCCUAAAUAUGGUUAUUUAGAUUUCUUUCUCAUGGACGACAAAGGAUUCUCUCCAAAAGUAUCUGGAGUUAUUGGCCGUUUCAUUCCAAUGAAGGGUCACCUCAUGAAGGAACACAAAACUUCAAAAGAUAAAACCGAAGCAAGGUUAAAAAUUACGGCACCGAGAAAACAAUACAAGCGAUCUGUUCACACAGUCCUGCAACUUAAACCAGGUUUAAUGAAUACUCUGAUCCCAUGCUGGAAGAUUGACAUUGAUAAGCUUGGUUUAAACUAAAUCACAUAAAUUUACAUUUAUUU